CGCCUCAAACCAAAGAAAAUGAGUGCAACCAUCAAUCGGAAGCGAAUGCGGUCAUGCGACAGUGAAGGAUCCUUUGCUUUGCAGCGUAAAACGUUCGUCAAUCAGCAGCUGAUCGAUCAGCAGGAUCCAAACAAAAUGAAACGCAUUCUGGCAAAAACAAUCAAUCUACUAUUUCAAGGAGCCAAAAAUCACGAUAAAGAUUUGAUCACGAAUCAGCAGGAAUCGCUGAAGGCGGUUCGUUUGCUCGGGGGUGGAGAAAUAGAUUACGAUAUGAAUGCUACCUCAUCAUGGCUCGGGAAGAAAGCGGACCGAAAAUGCCGCCAGUGCGAUCGUUGGGCAAUUGUACAUGCCGAUUGCAUCAACUGCAACCUCGAAUUGUGCGAGUACUGUGGCGUGAACUGCAACUUCUGUCCGGAAAAGAUUUGUCUAAACUGUGUAACUAUAUUUGAAUGUGUAUCGCAUGAUUUGCCUUGCUGUGAACAGUGCAAAAUGUUUGCCUAA